CGCCCCCCUCUCGGAUUUCUCGAGUUCGAUGCUUCUUUGAUCCACCAACGUCCAAGUAUAUACCCAGCUCCAUCCGCAUUCCACUGACGUUUCUGCCUCGAUCCUUCCGUAUAUCCUCUCUCUAUUAGGACCCUUCACGAACUUUCUCCUUCCCUUCCUCUAUUUCACGACAUGUCUGUAUCAACCGCAGAUGCUGGCCUUCCGGCCUAUUCUACAGGCAAGAGCCGCAACCUCGUCCUCUGCUUUGACGGCACAGCAGGACAGUACGAUGCCACGAACACGAACGUUGUCAACUUCUUCAGUCUGCUUCAGAAAGACUCAACUGAACAACUGACCUAUUACCAAGCCGGUGUAGGUACAUACCUCCAGCCGGGUGUCGUGUCGCCACUUCUCGGAUGGCUCGGAAAGGUCCUAGACGAGGCCUUUGCUUGGUACCUGGAUCAACACGUCAUGCAGGGUUAUAGCUUCCUCAUGGAUAACUAUCGCCCAGGUGACAAGAUCAUGCUUUUCGGCUUCUCGCGUGGAGCAUACACGGCGCGUGCGUUAGCCGGGAUGUUAGAGAAGGUCGGACUAUUGCCCAAGUCAAACGAGCAGCAAGUCAGCUUUGCCUACAAAGCAUACAAAGACACUCGCAAGAAUGGCAUUGAUCUUGCCCAGGGCUUCAAGGAGACCUUCUCUCGGUCCGUCUCGGUGGAGUUUGUGGGCGUGUGGGAUACCGUGCAGAGCACUGGUGUGCUCAUGAGCAGGAGCCUGCCAUUCACCAAUUCCAAUCAAACUGUAAAGACGUUCAGACACGCGCUUUCUCUUGACGAGCACCGUGCCAAAUUCCGCCCAAACCUGUAUAAUAUCCCCAUUUCGGACACCCCGACACCUUCCGAUGACUGUCAAGCCCAGAGCCGGGGCAAGAAACUCAAGGAGAAAAGCCCUGGCCGGAGACGUUUCGCAAUCUUCUCUCGGAAACGGAAUCUCGAGGCAAAACAUGUGCAAAUUACUGAAGAACCCCAGCAAAUCGUCCGCGAAGAGACUAUCAUUGAACGCGAAGGGCGACAUGUGACUAUCGAGACGAUUGCCACAGUGGAGGAUUAUCGGCAGCCAAUGGGCGAGAUGCACGCCUGGACUACAGAUGUGCUGGAGGUGUGGUUUGCUGGGUGCCAUAGCGACGUGGGUGGCGGUAACGUCGGCAACGAUGUGAAGGUCUCGCUUGCAGAAAUCACUCUUCGAUGGAUGGUUGAGCAAGUGGUCAUGGCUCAAACUGGUAUUCGCUUCGAUGACGAGGCUCUCUUGCGGAACCGCAUCACUCUUCCCAAGUUCCCAGUCGUUACGGAUCAAGAAAUGGAGGUGAAGUCAGCCGAGAAGCAGGCGAAGCUGCAUAUCACCGAGCGAGGCGUCGGACUCAAGGUCGCCAACAACACCGGCACUAAACCCGAUAGUAACGGUGCUAGUAAUGGCACAACGCCAGCUCCGAGUCAGUCAAGUCCGUCACAGAACCCGGAGGACGAACCUGAGUUCCGGAGCGCCACCUCGCCCUUGCAUGACUCUCUCAAGGAAAAGCCAAUAUGGUGGUUGCUCGAAAUUAUUCCACUUCCCUUCUCGUGGCAGAGUGCGGAUGGCAAAUGGCAUAAGAAGUGGAGUAUCCACCUUGGGAAGGGAAGGGACAUUCCGAACCCCAACCCGAACUUCCACUAUACCGUCAAGGAGCGGAUGGAGUACAAGCCUUUGAACUACAAGCCUAAGGCAAUCUACAAUUACGGGUUUGAGAACUGGGUCUAGCCUUUUCUACUCUCGACUUUGCUCUUUUUUGUACAAGAACAGAAUAUUUGAUACCCUGCAUCGACGCCGACCGUUGUUGCAACUAUUACGAGCAUGACGAUUAUUACUUAUUGCCUUAUUAUCGCUGUUGUAUUAGCACCUAUUACUUCUUGC